CGGCCAGUCACUUCCGGCCAAGGACGCCCGGCAGCAGGAAAGGGUUAAGUUUAAAUUGGUGGUCGCGGCGCGGAGUUAGUAGGGGAGAAGAUCUGGCGAUGGACACAGAGGAGACCGUUGGGGCAGGGGCGCUGGCGGCUGAGGCGUCUCAUGUGGAGCUGGUGGGAGAACCUGAUCCAGAGCUGGCAGCCACGAUGGGCUUCUCAGGCUUUGGAAAGAAAGCUCGAACAUUUGACUUGGAAGCAAUGUUUGAACAAACUCGAAGAACAGCAGUGGAAAGAAGUAAAAAGAUGCUGGAAGCCCGUGCAAGAGAAGAGGAAGCCCAGAAAGAAAAAGAACUAAGAAGCCAACAUGAAGAUAUUGAUUCAGCAACUUCAGGCUCAAGUGUGAUGGGAGCUUGCUCUGCAUCAACUUGCAGAGAGGCAGAAAGUAGUGAAAGUGAAGAUGGUUCAAAUGAAGAAUUAAAUGGUCCUCCUUUGCCGUGCCAAACUUCCAUUCAAGGACCAGCAGAGGAUACUGAUGAUGAUGAGGAUGAAUUUAUUGGGCCACCACUUCCACCAGGUUAUAAGGACAGUGAUGAUGACGACGACGACGACGACGACAUGCAAGAGGAAGAUAAUAACCCUAUCAAGAAAAUUCCAGACUCUCAUGAAAUUACACUCCAGCAUGGGACCAAAACUGUAUCUGCUUUGGGUUUGGAUCCUUCAGGUGCCCGUUUGGUAACUGGAGGGUAUGACUAUGAUGUUCGGCUUUGGGACUUCGCUGGAAUGGAUGCAUCUCUUCAAGCUUUUCGAUCACUUCAGCCUUGUGAAUGUCACCAAAUCAAAUCUUUACAGUAUAGCAGCACGGGAGAUGUCAUUCUUGUUGUGUCUGGUAACUCUCAAGCUAAAGUUCUUGACAGAGAUGGCUUUCCGGUAAUGGAAUGUGUUAAAGGAGACCAGUACAUUGUGGACAUGGCAAACACCAAGGGUCAUACAGCAAUGCUUAAUACAGGCUGUUGGCAUCCCAAAAUAAAAGAAGAAUUUUUGACUUGUUCCAAUGAUGGGACUGUGAGGACAUGGGAUGUUAACAAUGACAAAAAGCACAAAGGUGUGUUUAAACCACGGUCAGUUCAAGGUAAACGGGUGAUUCCUACAACUUGCACAUAUAGCAGAGAUGGUAAACUUAUUGCAGCUGGCUGCCAAGAUGGCUCCAUCCAGAUCUGGGACAGGAAUAUGAAUGUAAGUGAAGUAUACUUUUUAAUUGUAGCGAGAUAA